AUGUACUGCUCAACUGAGUGCCAGAAGAGCGACUGGCCGCGGCACAAGAAGGAGUGCAAGCACAUUGCCAGACUAGGGCUGUGGGGCUGCCCGUUCACCGACGAACAGAUGCUCGCGCGGCAGCCACUGGGCACCGCGGGGGUCGCGGACGCGCCGGCGCGCGACGGGCCGCGCGAGUGCGGCAUCUGCGGGCGGACGUCGCCGCUGAAGCGCACGGCGUGCUGCGGGGAGUGGGUGUGCGACCGUGACGACGAGUACGAGUUGAUGAGCUACUCGCGGGAGUUCUGCCACCGGUCGCACGAGCGGUACACGAUCUGCGGCACGCACCACUCGGACAGGAACCACCGCGGCGACCAGGACUGGCGCACGUGCGGCGUGUGCGAGGCGGAUUUCGCUGGCCAGAUCCCCGGGACGCGGCUGUGGUACUCCACGAACGGAUACAACUUCGUCCCGGGGCUCGAGGCGCAGUACCCGAAGGGCUCGUUCAUCACCACCGAGUGCUGCGAGUGCCGCCGGCGCCUGUACCUAGGCACGGAGAGCUACUCGGCCAAGGCCGGCAACGGCGUGUUCCUGUACUCGUGCGAUGCGUGCUCGUUCCGGUGA